CAUAAACGCCAAUCGCAACUUUCAUGUUUUCUAUGGGGAAGAAGCGGUGUGGACUUGCCGUGGCGUUUGUAUUCUUAGCCUUGGUUCAAGUCUCUGUUUCAGUUCCGUUUAUAGUGCUUCAUGGAAUUGCAGCUUCUUGUUCUGAGGGUAAAGAAGCUAACUUCACACAGCUUCUCACUAACCUCUCUGGCUUUCCUGGAUAUUGCAUAGAAGUUGGAAAUGGAAAACGUGAUUCAUGGUUCAUGCCACUUAUGAAACAAGCGGAAAUAGUGUGUGAGAAGGUGAAACAAAUGAAAGAGUUGCGUCAAGGUUACAACAUUGUUGGAAGAUCACAGGGGAAUCUAGUAGCUAGAGGCUUGAUUGAGUUUUGUGAUGGUGGACCUCCAGUUUUCAACUAUAUAUCUUUAGCAGGUCCCCAUGCUGGAAUCUCAUCUAUUCCUUUGUGUGGUAAUGGAACAUGGUGUGAAAUAGCAGAUAAGCUGAUCAAGUCAGAAAUCUAUACCGACUUCAUUCAAGAUCAUCUUGCUCCUAGUGGUUAUCUCAAAAUCCCUACUGAGAUAAAAAAGUACCUGGAAAAGUCUAAGUAUCUACCUAAGCUUAACAAUGAGAUACCAAACCAGAGAAACUCUACUUACAAAGACCGUUUCACCAGCUUACACAACUUGGUUCUUGUCAAGUUUCAAGACGAUAAAGUUAUUGUUCCACAAGAUUCAUCUUGGUUCGGGUUUUAUCCGGAUGGUGCAUUUAAACCUCUUCUUUCUGCUCAACAAACAAAGCUCUAUACAGAAGAUUGGAUUGGUCUGAAAACAUUGGAUGAUGCUGGCAAAGUGAAGUUUGUUAGUGUAAAAGGAAAACACAUCAUAAUGGCGAAUCUCGAUGUCGCCAAAUACGUCGUGCCUUAUCUCCAAAACAAACCGUCUCCCGAUUCACAACAAAACAGAUUUAACCGCAAAACGAAGGAGACUUUGCGUAGUCCUUAAAAGCUCAGUGACGAUUAUGUAGAACAAGAAUUCUUUAUACACGCAUGUGAUCUUAUUCUUAUUAAAUAUAAGUCAACAAAAUUAUAUUUUUAAAAAUGUCUAUAAUUAUUUGGCGCCCUCUUCUCACUCUCUCUGUUUUUUCUCCAAG